AUGUGUCAUUUGUCAACCAAUCUCCAACAGUUACAUUUGAUUGCUAAUGAGCUGGGGAAAAUACACCCUACGACUAAAAUGGUUGCAUGGCCGCUGUCGUUGAAUGAUUUCGUUUUUCAGAAUUUAAACAUUGAUUAUCGAACAUUAGAGUUGUUGAACUUGAAAGAAUCUAGACUUGAGAAAAUCGAUAUUCAGAAAGGUAAUAUCAAAACGUUAAAUGCGGACUUAUUUCCUGCUAGUGUGAAAGAUCUUUCUUUGAGGGGAAUGGGGAUCCAGCAAUUGUCGGACUCGUUUGAAAAUUUGGAAAAUUUACAAAAGUUAUCAUUAGCUGGAAAUGAAUUGAGAGAAUUAACUUCUGUUAAAUUGCCAAUGGCAACAUUAGAAUUUUUAGAUGUUAGACAUUGCAACCUUCGUUUUAUAUCUCCAUUUUUGGUUUCAAUGAUUGAUAAAAAGAAUAAAAAGGCUAAACUCAGAGUCGAAGCUACAGGAAAUUGGAAUGUUAGUGUCGUCGAUAUCAGGAGAGCAUUGAAAGCAUCCAAAGGACUUUCAUUAUAUCUCAGCAAGCUAGAUGAAGAUUUGGUAGAAAUAUCGAAGCGUUCUUCUCGUUUGCAUUUUAAUGGUGAACUCCUUGAUACGUAUAUUAAAAAACCCAAAACGGACAAUUUCUACAAUGGUAGUGACUCCAAUUUGGAUGAACAAUCUGACGUUGGUGUAAUGAAAUCAUUAUCUUCCGAGCAAUUCCCUGUUGCUAACCAACAACGACGUAAUCGUAAUCGCAAAAAACAAUCUAUUGAUGUAAGGACCUUCCUUCCAUAG